CCUUCAGGCCACGUGGCGCAAGCGCAGUGACCGGGAGCGAGCGGGUUCCCUGGGUCUAGAGUGUGCUGCGCUCUGCACUGUCGCUGACGGCUUUUAUAGUUUCGGUGGUCCUCCAUGUCCGAGGAGAAGGACGGCAGCCCUUCCGGGAAGAUGGGGGGCGAGGAGAAGCCGGCCAGUGCUGGUGAGGAGAAGAGAAAAGAAGGGGGCAAGAAGAAGAACAAAGAAGGUUCUGGAGACGGAGGCCGAGCAGAGUUGAAUCCAUGGCCUGAAUAUAUUAACACACGUCUUGACAUGUACAAUAAACUUAAAGCAGAACAUGACUCCAUUCUGGCUGAAAAGGCAGAAAAAGCCAGCAACCCCAUAAAAGUCACGCUGCCCGACGGGAAACAAGUUGACGCGGAGUCUUGGAAAACUACACCAUACCAAGUUGCGUGUGGAAUAAGUCAGGGCCUGGCUGACAAUACCGUGGUUGCUAAAGUGAACAAGGUUGUUUGGGACCUUGACCGCCCACUGGAAGAAGACUGUACCUUGGAACUUCUCAAGUUUGAGGAUGAGGAAGCCCAAGCAGUGUAUUGGCACUCCAGUGCUCACAUAAUGGGGGAAGCCAUGGAGCGAGUCUACGGUGGAUGCUUAUGUUAUGGUCCACCAAUAGAAAAUGGGUUCUAUUAUGACAUGUACCUUGAAGAAGGGGGUGUGUCCAGCAAUGAUUUCUCUUCUUUGGAGACUUUGUGUAAGAAAAUCAUUAAAGAAAAACAAGCUUUUGAAAGACUGGAAGUUAAAAAAGAAACUUUAUUAGAAAUGUUUAAGUACAACAAGUUCAAAUGCCGAAUAUUGAAUGAAAAAGUAAAUACUCCAACUACUACAGUCUAUAGGUGUGGGCCCUUGAUAGACCUCUGCCGCGGCCCUCAUGUCAGGCACACUGGCAAAAUUAAGACUUUAAAAAUACACAAGAAUUCCUCCACAUACUGGGAAGGCAAAGCAGAUAUGGAAACACUACAGAGGAUUUAUGGCAUUUCAUUCCCUGAUCCUAAGAUGUUAAAAGAGUGGGAGAAGUUUCAAGAAGAAGCUAAGAACCGAGAUCAUAGGAAGAUUGGGAGGGACCAAGAGCUAUAUUUCUUCCAUGAACUCAGCCCAGGAAGUUGCUUUUUCCUGCCCAAAGGAGCCUACAUUUAUAACACACUCAUGGACUUCAUCAGGAGUGAAUACCGGAGAAGAGGAUUCCAGGAGGUGGUGACCCCCAACAUCUACAACAGCCGGCUCUGGGUGACCUCGGGCCACUGGCAGCACUACAGCGAGAACAUGUUUUCCUUUGAGGUGGAGAAGGAGCUCUUCGCCCUCAAACCCAUGAACUGCCCGGGACACUGCCUUAUGUUUGACCAUCGGCCAAGAUCCUGGCGAGAGCUGCCUCUGAGGGUGGCUGAUUUUGGGGUGCUUCACAGGAAUGAGCUGUCGGGAGCGCUCACAGGCCUCACCCGGGUUCGGAGAUUCCAGCAAGAUGACGCACACAUUUUCUGUGCCAUGGAGCAGAUUGAGGAUGAAAUAAAAGGUUGCUUGGAUUUUCUACGUACAGUUUAUAAUGUUUUUGGAUUUUCCUUCAAACUGAACCUUUCUACUCGUCCAGAAAAAUUCCUUGGAGAUAUUGAAAUCUGGAAUCAAGCAGAGAAACAACUUGAAAACAGCUUGAAUGAAUUUGGUGAAAAGUGGGAACUAAAUCCUGGUGAUGGAGCUUUCUAUGGUCCAAAGAUUGACAUACAGAUAAAAGAUGCAAUUGGUCGCUACCACCAGUGUGCCACGAUCCAGCUGGAUUUUCAGUUGCCCAUCAGAUUUAAUCUUACUUACGUGAGCCACGAUGGUGAUGAUAAGAAAAGGCCCGUGAUUGUGCACCGAGCCAUCCUGGGGUCAGUGGAAAGAAUGAUUGCCAUCCUCACGGAAAACUACGGUGGCAAAUGGCCUUUCUGGCUUUCUCCUCGCCAGGUAAUGGUAGUUCCAGUGGGACCAACAUGUGAUGAAUAUGCCCAGAAGGUUCGGCAACAAUUUCACGAUGAGAAAUUCAUGGCAGACAUUGAUUUGGACCCCGGAUGUACACUGAACAAAAAGAUCAGAAACGCACAGCUCGCGCAGUAUAACUUCAUCCUGGUUGUUGGUGAGAAGGAGAAGGCCGGCGGCACGGUGAACAUCCGCACGAGAGACAACAAGGUGCACGGCGAGCGCACGGUGCGCGAGACCGUGGAGCGGUUGCGGCAGCUCCGGCAGGCCCGCGGCAGGCAGGCCGAGGAGGACUUCUAGCGGCGGGCCGGGCGCAUGCGCGCCGGCUCCAGACAGGUCGUGCAGCGUUUCUCUCGCGAUAGUUCGUCCGCUGGCAAACAUCGCUUGUUACUGAACGUGGUGAAGUUCCCAGAGUACACAUAGAUGGCUGCAGGGUCACUCUCUGUGGACUUGCAUAGAUAAUGCGUGUUUGGUGGCAUUAACAAAAGAGCCAUUCAAAUGAUUUUAUUCAUUAAAUAGCUCGGCAAUAGAGAUAAGUCAUGAGGAAUAUUUUAAUGUUAUGUGGGAAAAGGUUUUUUUGUGAAUUUAAUUCCAAAGUAAUUUUUUUUCGGGUUUAUCAGGGUUAAAGAAAGACUAAAAUUGGAUAAUGGUGUGAAAAUGCAAGACUUCUCUUCGCAUGUUUGUACAAGGUUGUGUGAUACUCAUUGGUAAAAUCUGGCAACAAUUAUGAUACAGGGAGUUUGGAGAGGCAACUCUGCGGCAGGAGCCAUUCUCCAGUGGGAACGUGAACCAUGACCUGUCUUCUUUGUUAAAAAAUAAAUAUCUUUUUUGAAUUGUGA